UUAAAGAAAAGGUGUUAAUAAGUAGAAGAGUUUGGUUUUAUAAUUUUCAUGAUUUGUGUAUUUUUUUUGUAUUUAUUUAAAAAAUGAAGAAUUUUUGUCUAUACGGUGCCUUUGCUCUUCUGGCAAGUUUUAUGGCCAACGCCGCUAUAAGCAAUAACGACGUUUCAAAAGCAAAUCGUACCAUUCAUAUGAUCAACACUGAUCUCUUUAACACAAUUAAUCUUAAGCUAAACACAAAUGAAAGCCAAUACAUCAGGGAAUCCAUCGACUUUUCGAGAACGCUGCGAAUCAGGGAUGUACUAAACUUUUUUGAUAUAGCACACAUUGCCUCCAGCUGGAGUAACAUUAGAACUGAAAUAUCAACAAAUUGUUCCAAAGAUACCAGCAAGUAUAUACAAGGACUAGUUGAGGCUAACAUGUGGGCCGUAAAAAUGGAUGAUGCAUCUGGACACUAUACAUCCGGAUUCUUUUAUGGCAAUAAUUAUUGGAUGGGAUCGUUAUCACUUUGUAAAUCCAUUCACCAUGAAAAUACCGAAAAUAUUUCAAAUGAUGCCACGAAUGCCACGAAAAAUUCUGGACUGCCAUUUGCGAAAGCUCACACACAAGUUUAUAACACUAUUCUCAACGAAAAUCCGCCGUUUUUCCCCAGUUUCUACAUUGUGAAAAUGUUUCUGAAUGAAACGUAUCCCACAAAUUUG